UUUAGUCAAGGCAUUGUUUUUACUUCUUAGAACAAAAUUUAUAUACCCUAGAAUUGUAGUAUAAAACUUCUGCAAUUGGUUUUUGGGCUUUAAACCCUGCGAUAGGAUGUACUUUUUACCAUCCUGCGCAACAGUUGCCUAAAGGACCCCUUGAAAGCAUUGUUAAAGAUGGGAGUUGUACCCAACUAAGUUUUACUCAAGAGUAGACCCAUUGAAAUUAAUGGUCCCAAGUUAGUAGUAGUCAUUCAUUUUAUUGGGUCUACUGUGAGUAGGACUACCACUGGAUACAAAGCAGGAUGUUAAAUUACUUCGGCAAUUCAUAGAAUUUUGUAAAACCAUAGUUCAGGGCAUCCUGAUCAAAGCAAAAGUCUGAAAAUUUAGCCUUUUAUAUUUCUCGCAUGAAACCUGUGACAUAAUGGCCAUUUCAUAAUAUCAGAGUAAAUACAAGCAGUAGGAGACAGUGGGCACAGAAAACUGAAUCCCAGUGUAUUUUAACUAAAACCAUCUGAGGGAACUUGGUGUUAUUUCUGAAGGAGGUGGAGACGUAUACAGUCUUGUUACCCAAGAAUUAGAUCUUCAGAAAGUUUGAGGGAUAUCUCUUAGGAGGCCACAUUCUGAACAUAAAAUGGUUCCUGAACUAAAUUUUGAGUUUAAAUUUAAUAGUUGGCCCCCAAUAGUAAUGUUGUGAAACAUUAUUCAUCAGUGGAUUUGGCUUUUCAGGAUAUGGGCCUGAUUUGCUUUCUGCCUAUAUGUUUUAUGUUUCUGUGUUUAUAAGGACAAUUGGACAACGUCCAAGUAUUUCGCCCAAACCAAUCUUUAGUUCCUAUCACAACACCAUUAAGACACCCACAUCGCACUCAUUUCCUACCAAGAGGCCAAAGUACAAGAUACCCCCCUGGGAAAUGAGAAAGUCUGUAAUGUGGGCUUUUAACAGAAGUCUGUAAUGGCUUUUAACAAAUACCACAAACUCGGAGCUUUCUGACUUCAUUGUACAUGAAAGAAUGACCUUGAUGCUUCAUCGGGCUGGCAUUUUACAUUCAGCAGCUGAGACACAACUACAGUUUACCGUUCCCGUGGCGAUGGCUAGACUGUGACAUAUUUGCAGAGCAAUGAUGUCAUAAACGCCAUGCUGGAAUACAGCCAGGACACCAGUUGCUUGCUCCUUAAUGCAAACUUCUGGCCGGGGCUUGCAAGACCAAUUUUUUUUCCCCUGACGAGUGCCCUUUAUUGAAGGCUGUACUCGUCGGUUAAUAUGGUUUAAUGCCUACUCAUGGCAACCCUCUGCAACGCCCUGGAAGCUGUAAGGCGAGAUUUAAGGCGAACCGACAGAGAAAUAAAGAAGCGCUUAAGGCUUAUGGACAUGAGUUGCUGCCCUAAAUCCUGCGAAGUCCAGGCAACCUGCCUUUGUGAUAUAAGUCUCCACCCACAUUGCUGCUGUCUUCUCCACCCCUACCCACACUGCCUGUGUGACAUACUAUGCUGUCGUCCCUGUAGACCGCCUUGCCUCACACCUUUGGAGCGUAAAGCUAUCAGGGCUAAGAUAGAAGCUGAGCAAGAACUGGCCAGAAUUCGAAGAAGGAUCACUAAGAUGAUGGCAGCAUGUAGCCGCCCCAAGCUGCUGGCUUUAAUGGACGUUAAGGGUUUCGACCCGGAAGACAUUACAGUGAGGGUACAAGAUGGGAAAGUCAAAGUGUCGGCUGAGCACGAGGAAGAAUUUAAGACUUGCAGAGGGAAGGAGUACAACUACUCCACCGUCACCAAGGAGAUCUGUUUGCCACCAGGGGUGUGUGAGAACGAAGUCACUUAUACCAUCGGACCCUGCAGUCUCGUGAGGAUAGAGUCCCCAGGCUGUGUCCCUUCCUGCCUGCUUAGCCUGCUUUGAAGUAGACACUGGAUGAUCAGCUCUGGCAGCUGUUCAGCAUCUGGAUGCGACCUCAGUGGAUCCUAAGGGGAAUGGUUGUGUUUGGGUUCUUUUCUCUCUCUCUUUUUUAAUAUCGCCCUUUAAACGUGUUGCUGUCCAUGCGAACCUUCUUCCAACAACGACAAUGCUGAGCAUCUGCUGGUUUUUCUGCGUUUGUUUUUAUUUCCAAGUUGUGUUUUAAAGGGCGUCUUCAUAGCUGGUCACUGCCACAGGAGGGGGAAUGCAGUGCUGGAUUAUCGAAUAGGCACAGGCGUAUAGGCUCCACGCCUUUUAGGGAGCCUGCGGCAAUGGAUCAAAAUAAUAUUGGUCUUGAAAGAAAAUUGCAAUCAAGCUUUCUU